AUACUUCCAAACGUCACUGGAAUCACUUUCAUUUGUGCAGUGUGGCAGCCUACUUGUUUCAUUCUUGUGAAUUCGUUAUUUACUUGUCGCCAAAAAAACCUUGUGUUGUUUUCUUCUCAAAAAAGGGCUACCAUAAUUGCGGUUAAUUGUUCAUCCAUUUGCAUAAUCACAUUACACCAAUAAGAACCUGGCGGUGACUAAAAUAAGGAUGCUGGAAAAACCUUCAAAGUCCAGUACCGAAACACCAACAGGAUCUUUGUUGCUGGCCAACAGCCUCCGAUCGAUUUUUUCCAGUUAUAAACCAGUCGGUGAUAGAGUCAAUGACAACUCUACACCAUUUGAACCCGUCAAGAUCAUAGAUAAACAAUCAUUGGACUACAUUGCCCGGUCAGGAAUUGCCGGCGGGAUUGCUGGGAGUGCUGCCAAGACGCUUGUAGCGCCGUUGGACAGAGUGAAGAUCUUGUUUCAAACAUCCAAUCCAGAGUUUAUCAAGUACCGAGGCUCCACCGCAGGGCUUUGGAGAGCCGGAAAGGUUAUUUUACAGAACGACGGGCCUGCUGGCUUGUACCAGGGGCACUCAGUAACGUUACUUCGAAUUUUCCCCUACGCGGCUAUCAAGUUCGUUGCAUACGAACAAAUCCGAACACUUUUGAUUCCCAACGACGAUAUGGAAACCGCUGCUCGUCGGUUCAUGGCUGGAUCAUUGUCAGGGCUCUCCUCGGUAUUCCUCACGUACCCGUUGGACUUGAUACGAGUGCGAAUGGCAUUUGAAACCAAAAACUUGACCCACCACACCCAUCAACACAAACAAUAUAUAAGCCACCGUCGUGGCCAGUUGUACUCAACUGUCAGGACAAUCUUCCACGAAAACCCUCCACAUUCAGGCACCGAUCCAUUAUGGGUGCGUUUCUUUCGGGAGAAACUCCCAAAGUCUGUGCUGGCCAUCUCCAACUUUUAUCGGGGGUUUGCACCCACGAUCUUGGGGAUGGUUCCCUACGCCGGGGUGUCGUUCUACACCCACGACUUGUUCCACGACUUAUUCAGAUCAAAGCACUUGUACCACUACUUGGUACAGGGCCAGGACCAUGGCUCAAGUCUGUCGGUUCUGAUACAAUCAGCCCAUCACCAGGUCAACUCUCGAGACUCAAGGGCUCCCCUUCGGGCUUACGCCCAGUUGAUAGCCGGAGGCCUCGCGGGAAUGUGUUCUCAGACAGCGGCGUACCCGUUCGAAGUGGUACGGAGGAGAAUGCAGGUCGGAGGGGCUGUGGGCCAAGGUCAAUUUUUGUCACUAAAGCAAACUGCUUCCAUCAUCUUCAAAGAAAUGGGAUUUCGUGGAUUCUUUGUAGGAUUGAGCAUCGGUUACAUCAAGGUGGUACCAAUGCUGUCCUGCUCAUUCUACGUGUACGAGAGAAGCAAGAUGAUGUUGGGAAUAUGAUGAAAACGGGGAGCUGAUUUGGCUGUAUCUUAUUUAUUUUGCAUACUAUUCAUUGUACUCAUUUACGUUGUACUCGGUUCUUGUAUAGGACACUAUUUAUUGUAUAUUUACGUAUGACAUCCAUAGAAAUGUUAUGACAAUUGGUAGAUUGGUUAUUUACAGGUUAGAAGAAGAAGUUGAACCAUUUUUUCUUCUGGGUGGGACGGGUGCCAAACUUGCUGCUCGACGCAGUAAAGUCUUUGAUGUGGUCCUUGGCGAUAUUGGCAGACGUCUUGAUGCUCUGAGAGCCGAGUUUGAAUCCCCAUCCUCUCAACAACUUGACGACAGGAGGAGUGAUGGCAGCGGUGAGAGGAAGACGGAUAAAGAUAAACGACUUGUGGAUGGUGUAAGCUAUGGCAAAUUCAGCCCACGAGAACUGAGACAACACAUAGCUGAGCGUUGACUGCGAUUCUUCUCCAAUAGGGUUCUCCAAGUCCUCCUGCGACUGCUGGAGCUGGUCUAUUUCCUGCUGUCUUUUCAAGUCGUCAUCACUGAUGCCGAAUCCAAACGUUUGUUUUAUCUUAUUCUCAUAGUACUCUAUCUCUUCCUUACCAGCAGAGUGGACCAAGAGAUAGCACAAUGGCAAGUCGAUGGCACUCAAGCCAAGGUAGAUUCCAAGAGCUGAAAACCCGUACUCUUUCAUCAACGCUUUGAUGCCAGUUGGUUUUUUGGGACCAGACGGAGGAGGUGGGGGAGGGGCCUUUAUGGUGGAUUGAAACCGCUUGAAAAGCUGACUUUUCACCGGGUAUCGACUAAGUAACUUGACGGGCUGGAACAUGGUGAACCGUAACAUUGGUCUGGAGAACAGCUGUUUCCACAUGGUGUUCAUGGACAUAAUGAUGAU